GCGGUUUCCUCUGCGAUGCUGGGAAUGAAAAUCGUAUCAGUAGAAAGCAAGUACAAUUUCUGGUUGAUUUCAGGUGUCCUGUGGCUGUGCUUACAAGAUGUCAGCUGCGCCAGAGCAACAUCACUGAUCUUCAAAUCAACCUCCACGACUACAUCAACAACCACAACAACGACUGCAGCCCCGGAAUCUGUUUCUGAAGAAGUGGUGGCAUCAGAAGCGGAAAGCACGAACUCUUCGAAGCCCUUGUUCACCGGCAUUCCACAAUUGGAUUACGUCAACGAUCCGAAUCUUCCCCGUGAAUUGAAUGGAGCCAAUUUGUCCGAGUAUCCGUUUUUCGAUAGGGUUCCUGAAGAGAUCGACUUCAAAUGCGAUGGAUUGCACGAUGGCUUCUACGCAAGUGUUGAGCACAAGUGUCAGGUGUACCAUCACUGCUUGUACGGCACGCGCUUCGACUUCUUAUGUGCCAAUUACACUGCCUUCGAUCAAAAGACGUUCAUCUGCCACUUCGUUUCUGAGGUCGACUGUGUCAACUCUCCGAAAUUCUGGCAUAGGAACGAUGCUUUGUAUAAAGCCACCACGACGACCACCAUUAAGCCAGUAACUCUUUAUACUCAUGUUCCACCGCAACCACCUGCAAUUUUAUCGGGAGUAGCAGCACGUCGUCCUCUUACAAACAGGAGAAGGAAACCACUACGUAGACGUCGUCCCCAGUAUGACUACUACGAUGAAUACGAAGAGGAUGAGGAAUAUGAUGAACCGAGAUACACUGCUACUGAAUCAUCUAGAUCUGAAGGCAGGCGAAGGAAACAGCGUCCACGUCCUCGUCCGCGACCUGUUUAUGAAGACGAAUACGAAGCGGAAUAUGAAGAUGAUAGGUAUGAAAGAAGAGGAAGCGGCCGACGAGGUGACGAAGAGAAGGAAAGAAGACCGUACGAUAGACGUAAUAAUCAAAACAGAAGAAACAAAGAUCGUCGCAAGUACGAAGACGAAUAUGAAGAGGAAGCAGUUGAUGAAGAUCCAAGGUUUGAUAGAAGCGAAGAGCGCAACAAUAAACGUCCAAAGGAGGAAAGAAGAACAGUAGAAAGAAAAAAACCAGAAGAUAGAAGAACAAAUGAAGAAAGAAAACCUGCUGAUGAAGAGGAGACGCGCAGGCCUAGACCCAGAAAAGGUAAUAGAAGACCAAUAGAAGACGAUUACGAGGACAGAGAUAGAAGACCGUCCAAGAAAAACGACGAUAAACCAAAAGAGGAACCAUUAACAGAUAAACCAUUAGUUAAGCCUAGUGGUUCAGUGUAUGAUAGACCAAGAUCGGCACCGAGGAUUCGUCCGCCCGUUCCCAAAAACGAAGCAAAUAAAUACUCUUUUAAAUCCAGUACGUUAAAAUCUACACCUAAACCUUUGGAUGAGGAGUAUUAUGAUGAGUACGAGGAAAUCGAACCACCGAAGAGAAAUAGGCACAAACUAGAUUCAGCUCCUGCAGGAAGCGAUUCACGUAAAACGCAGAAAGAAACGAGAAAACCAUUAGCUUCCAGACAGCGUGGUGGAUCUUCUACCAGAAAACCAGUUGAGGAUGACUACGAGUACGAGGAUGAAAGACCGUUGAGAAACAAACCAAAAAAUGAUGAGCGACGCGUUGGUCAAGGAAGUCGUAAAAGACCAGCAGUUGAAGAAUACGAUGACUAUGAGGAUGCACCUCCUCCGAGGCACAAGGAUAGGAAAAAUGAAAACAGAAGAUCAACGUCAACAACUACCUCAACUGAGGCGCCCAAAGAGGAACCAAGUAAGCCUUUCAGGGUUGUGAAGAGGCCGUUCCUACCGAGCCGUGGAGGAAAUCCAUAUGCCGCCAGAGGUUUGCAAGCACUUGGAGGUAAAUCUGAAGAUAUCAAGGAAAUACAGCGACCGGUGGAGAGUCAAAAGUAUCAAGAAGAGGAGGAAGUCGAGCCCGAAGUGUAUAGGAGCAACAACAAAUCGCGUGAGCAAAAUGGCUCUAGGCCAAGAGACUAUUCGAACGAUGAUGAGAAGCAAACGCAAAAAUCAUCGCCUGUUUCAUCUAAAGUUUCCAACAGAAACAACAAAAACACUACUCCCAUUGAGGAUGAGGACGAGGACUACAGACCUGUCAGUAAUAGACCGAUAAGCCAAUUCCGAUAUAAGCCAAACAAGGAAUUGGAGAGGACAACAGCUAAACCUAAGGUAGAAAAAAAUCCUUUAGAUAUUAAUGAAAACGAGUACGAUGUGACUCUGAACGACGCCCUAAAUCCCACACUUCCCAACUUACCGGUUCGCAGCUUCCCGACAGGAUUCAGCGCCGCCAGCGAUUACACCUACAACACAUUCCACCGGCCUAAGUAUGUGGCGGAUGCCACCAUCAACCAGGCGAGCUCUGAAUUCAACUACAGAUACAAGCAGCCAGCUCAAUCUAGUAAUGCUCAAUAUAGUAGUAGUAGUAGUAGUAGUGUAGUCGCACCACAGCAAAAUUAUCAAAACCAAAAUUUCCGACCUAGUCCGAGGGUUACGCAAGCCCAGACCCAGGCAUUCUAUUCGACGUUCUAAAUUCUAAAUGUGCGUACAUGCACGCACACAAAUUAAGGGAACUCUCUGUUGUGAUGUUUGAUUGUAAUGUAAGUCAUCGUAAUUUAAGAAGAUAUUUAAUUCCACGAAAGGAAAAGAUGAUGGAAAUGUUUCGCAAAACAUUAUUGGAUUAUGGUUGUGUUAUAUUUAUGUUAUUAUUUUUUAAAUAAAUUAACUAAUUAGGAA